CGGCUACGCCGCUCCCAGCGCGCCCGCCGCCCCUGCAGCCGCCGCACCUCCACUCCGCCGCGCGCGCCCUCGCUUUCUCGUGGCGCUGUCCGUCCGUCCAUCCCUCCGCCGGCUCCGAGCCGCGGCGCCUCGCACUUCGGACUCCAGCCCCGCGACUCCUGUCGUCGCCGCUGGGAUCCGCCGCCCCGCGCCAUGGAGACGGCAACGGGCAAAGAGCGCCGCAGCUCCCCCGGCCCCGCCGUCCCGCCGCCGCCCCGGGGCCACGCGCCUUUGGCCGCUGCCCCCGGCCCGCUGGGAUCCCCGGCGCGGGAGCCCCCGCAGCCCGAGGAGGGGCAACAGAUGCGGAUCAGCCAGAGCGGCCAGUUCAGCGACGGGCUGGAGGAUCGAGGCUUACUAGAAAGCAGCACUCGUCUGAAACCUCACGAAGCCCAGAACUACAGGAGGAAGGCACUGUGGGUCUCCUGGUUCUCCAUUAUCGUGACCCUGGCCCUGGCUGUGGCUGCCUUUACUGUCUCCGUUAUGAGGUACAGCGCCUCUGCUUUUGGGUUUGCAUUUGAUGCCAUCCUCGAUGUCCUGUCUUCGGCGAUUGUCCUGUGGCGUUACAGCAACGCGGCCGCUGUGCACUCUGCCCAUAGGGAAUACAUAGCCUGUGUCAUCUUGGGAGUGAUAUUUCUUCUGUCAUCCAUCUGUAUAGUGGUCAAGGCCAUCCAUGACCUCUCAACUAAGCUGCUGCCAGAAGUGGACGAUUUCCUGUUCAGUGUCUCCAUUUUAAGUGGGAUCCUUUGCAGCAUCCUGGCCGUGUUGAAGUUUAUGCUGGGGAAGGUUCUGACCAGCAGAGCGCUCAUAACAGAUGGGUUUAACUCCCUUGUGGGAGGCGUGAUGGGCUUCUCUAUUCUUCUGAGUGCUGAGGUGUUCAAGCACAACUCAGCGGUCUGGUACCUGGAUGGCAGCACAGGUGUGCUGAUUGGCCUUACCAUAUUUGCCUACGGGGUCAAACUCCUCAUCGACAUGGUGCCCAGGGUCAGGCAGACGCGCCACUACGAGAUGUUUGAGUGAGGAGGGCCGGAGCCGCCGGUUCUGCAGUCACGUGAGGCCCUGCGGUCGCGUGAAGACCGGCAGGACGACGAGAGGUUUCCACCAAGGCCGAUGGUGCCGAUGUCUGUGUGAACGUCCAGUUUCUUCUUUGGAAAGUGUGUGUUCAUGGGAACGCGGCCGCCCCUCACUCCACCACCCCCGACACCCAGCAGGACCACGUGCACAGGAGGGGGACUGGUUUCCCAUUUCCGGUGGGAACUGACCUUUUCUAUUUUCAGGAGUAAAAGGGUUCUUGUGGGUGGGAUAAGAUCUCCACUCGGCAGACAGUUUUUCUGUGGUGCUCAAGGCCUGAAAUAGAUGGCAGCUGACCAGACCCGCCUCCUCUGGACGGGCUCCAGCCACCUCGGCGCUCUAGACCCUGUCACCUCCCGGCAGAGUUUAAGGGCAGACCGACUGCAUCCUUGUGUCCCUCAGCCCUUCACAUACCCAGAACCAUCCGUCUACAGCACUUCCUAAUUUCUAUCGAUAUAUUUCAUUAGUUUCAUACUGUUUUACUAAUCCUAAAUCUAAACAGAUUUGUUCAAAAGGAGACCAUUCUAUUUUUCAGGUACUUAGUGAUGUAUGUAUGAGCUUUGCAUGGAUGAACUAAGCACAUGACCCUUUCUUGUACAUUCAGAACCUGAAUAUACAUGUCAAAACAGGAUCCAUUUUUGACAGAUGUGAAACCACACUUUAUUUGUAAUAAAUAAUUAUAUAAUCGA